AUGGCUCCCCCGCGAGAGGAUCAAACCAGGAAGCUUCAAUCGCCGCCGAGGACCACGUCCACCGCCAAUCAAGAUCGGUCUAAGGCCAUGGUUCGGGCCAAUACGGACGAAGAAAGUUCCCGUAGCAGCGACAAAGAGAAUCGGCAGCCAAUGACCAGCCCUUUACUUGAUGAGCGAACAACGGGUACCAGCGAAGCCUCGUUGUCAGCGUCGAUGCAAGACACAAGCCAAGAUUGGCGUCCUGAGGAGCCCACGAAUCUCCUCAUAGAAAGUAGCACUUCGCCCAAGCCAUUCACUUGCAGAAACUGUCGAAGCCAUCAUAAGAAGUGCCUGCAUGCGAAGGACGGGACAUAUGAGCCUGCGCUAUGCAAAGCUUUCCUCAAGGAUUUAGGUCCGGCACAAAAGGUCAACUCUCGCACGAAAAGCGAGAUGCAACAAAUUCGAGGCGCAGCUGGCAAAUGCUCUUCCGCGAAGACAAAGCCCACAACCUUCCUAAGACACGACGACGAUUCAUCAAUCUCGAACAAUGCUGAGACAAGGCUAGACCCGGCGCAGUACAGCUACGAGACUGUGGAGGGCGUUGCAGAGCAGUCUGAUGAUGAUGAGCCAAUCGUAGCAGGCAGACGCCGCCGAGCUUAUGCUAAACAAGCUGGUAAUAGUACAGUCAAGCCGAGCGCAGAAACCGCCAACAUCGAAGGCGAGGGAUGCAAAGAUAGAGGAAGUUCCGUGGUGCAGAGCAGUGUUGAGCCUCUUCCGGCGGGACGCACGACUGUCUGCAAGAGUCCUGUUGCUACACAAGUCGAAGAGACCCGCAGUAGGAAGUACACGUCAAUCAAAGCGCGUGCGAACGCGACUCGCGACGCUGCCGCCGAAGCUGCCUCUCCUGCAUCAGCACCUGAACCCAAUCGUGCAAAAACUCCACCUUAUCAAUUUCUUGAGAGCAGCACCCUGCAGCCUUUCCCCCGACCUAUGGUCACGGCUACUGUCGAGCGACCCGGGAAAGAUGAUCAAGUUGACCAGGUCGACGUCGAUAUCAGUAGCGUGGUCAGCCGGCUCAAAGAUAAAGGCGUCGUGUUCGAAGAUGAUUCAUCAGACGAUGAAGUGGGAGAAAGCAGUUCAGCACGAGAGCCAGCAGUGCUUUACCCAUGGCAGAGAAAGGAUAUCUCCAAAGACCUAUACGAGAUUGCACCGAUGCUGCGAGAAAUCUCCAUUACCGAUUCAACGCGGAGUAAUUUUGCCAAUACAGCCACGAGCCCUAGACGGAGCAAAAAGUCUGCCUGGCGGAACCUGCUCCAUUAUCAGCUCCAGGUUCGCCGCGAGAAGUUCGGAACAGAGCACCCGCAUCGAAUGGUAGUCGCACGAGCGGACAGCCAGAAAAUCAAGGCUGUCAAAUUGCAGGACAGCACAACACAAUCCUGGAGGCAUCCACUCGAUCCACCGCAACCAGAGAUAACACAGAUGACAUUUGAUGAUUUUAUGGGCAUGCCGGAAGAUCCGAUCUUCGAAGACAAGGGUGGCGAACUGGUGUUUAGGGACGGGAAACGGGAGCGUGAAUGGGUUGCAAGCGGCGCCAUAAGAAGGACACGCAACCAAGGCAUCGACCAACGAUGGCAUUUCAUGAGAUAA